AUGUUUGUUAGAAAGGCCCUAACGAGUAGUGAAAUACCCUAUCUUGGUUCAUCUCCAUGGUGCUUCCUGGCAGAAAAUCAAGCUAUUUUACUAGUUGUAUUUAAACCACUACCCAUAUGGAGUAUUAUAGUAGUAUCAAAUAUUUAUUUUUUUGAGAAUUUCAAACACAUUCCCCGUACAACGUACUUAUAUAUUCACAUAGCAUUUGGAUUCUUAUUAGCAGCAUUACUAUUUGGAUCAUUUGGUGAUAUUGUAUUAGAAAUUCCGACUAGUAGUGAUAAUAAUUAUUUUCUUUAUGGAACACUUUUAUUUCUAUUCGGUCAUAUCUGUUAUAUAAUUUGUUAUUCGAUAUGUGCUAGGGAAACAAAUGAACGACAAUUAUCUUGUUCAUGCAAUUUUUGGAUAGAUUUUGUCUAUGGGUGGCCGUAUUUAUUAAUUGUUCUAUUGUUCGGCUCUGUGAUGUUUUUGUUUUUAUAUUCAUAUCAACAACAAUUGUCGACGGUACUUCUUAUUGGAAUUGCGCUUUAUGAUUUAGUUCUAUGUUUAUUGCUAUGGAGGAUGUCACAAACAAUUCGAAAUAGUUUAAUUAUUAAAUAUAGUAGAGCAACACAGCAGCAAGCUAAUAUUUAUCAAUACAUAAGAUUUAUUGGUGCGUUCUUAUUUGUUAUAUCAGAUUCAACCAAUUCCAUUGCUAAAUUUGUGCCCGUAAUUAAACUUGAUAUGGCUCUACGAAAUUUAAUAGUGAUGAUAACAUAUUAUAUUGCACAAUAUUUAUUAGCGUACUCAUUCAAAGAAUAUUAUCUCGAACCAGAUAUGCCAUUAUAA